AUGGCCGUUCAAUUGAAGUGGCCAAUUCUUGGUGUAAUAAUACCAUGUGUGCUUAUAGCUACGAUAGCAUAUGGUUCCCAUUACUUCGUAUUCAGAACAAACUUGACAAGUACCGAACAAAUAGUAUAUGAAAUUUUUGUUUGCAAUCUAUGGUUGUCAUAUUAUUUGGCUAUUGUUGUUGAUCCAGGAUCCCCACCUAAGAACUUUACACCUAAGGCAGGAGAAUGGAGAAGAUGGUGUAAGAAAUGCCAAAAUUAUAAGCCAGAGAGGUCGCAUCAUUGUAAAACUUGCAACAAGUGUGUGUUGAAAAUGGACCACCAUUGCCCAUGGACGUACAAUUGCGUGGGACAUGGUAACCUUCCUCAUUUCUUACGGUUUUUAUUGUUUUUGAUAGUAGGAAUGAUAUAUGUUCUCUUCCAAUUGGGUAAAAGAGUACUCCAUUAUUAUGAUAACAGUGAUUUGCCUUCCUAUUUGAUCGAUAAGAAAGAAAUGUUUGCGGUUAUAUUUUUACUUCCAGUGACAUUUUUCUUAUUUGUUACAAUCGUGGUCUUGUUCGUUCGUUGUAUGAUCAACUUGUUAUUUAGAGGUAUGACACAAAUAGAAGUAUGGGAAAUGGAGAGAGUCGACUCCCAAUUCCAUACUGAAAGAUUGUGGUUGCAAAUACGGAAAAACUACUUCAAGUUACACGGAAAGGAGAUGCCGCAUUUGGUAUCAUGGAACAGGACAACCAGAUACUACGAGGUAGACGAGAGCUCUAGUAACAUUGAUUCAAAUGAAAACAGCAUAGUCCCUAAAGAUUUCACGUCCGAUGAUAUUGUUUUCCCCUAUGAUUUAGGCGUACUUUCAAAUAUGAUUAAUGCAUGUGGCUACCCAUGGAUGUGGCUACUCCCAUGGGGUGGUCCCAGAGAAAACGGCUACCAUUUCCAAAAAAACGAAUUCAUGUCCGAUGAUCAAUUGGGCUUGCCAUGGCCCCCAGAUGGGGGCCAUCAGGAACCAGCGGCCCCGGUAGAUAGUGAUAUUGAAAUAUCUGACACAGAACUUCAAGAUAUGCCUAGCUUAAGAAGACGUCUUGACCCCAGAAAUAACAUGACAAGGUCUGAAUGGAUGAACGACUUAGGCGAAACCCUAGAUGAUUUUGGUGUCGAUUUAGAAGCCGAAGACAUAGAGCAUGAUGAUCUAGUUUCAAAAAAUGGAGAUGUCAAUAAUUAG